UGAACGUGUGAAUCGAUUAGUACGGUGUCCGUAGUUGCAUCAGUGAUUCUAGUGGUUUUGUGAACGUUACAAAUCGACUAAGUAUUCGAGUUUCUUCCAAGUCAGAAGGGUGCGUGUCAAGGCAAUCGAGCACGCAAUUUGUUCGUCUUGCGGCCACAUCUUAUUCUUACGACGCGUAACUUGGCAAAUGUUUUCUUGUGAUACGUUGCUAUGUAGUACCGGUGUAAAUGAAGCGGCGGCGUAUACCGCGGUCGCGUGGUAAAAGAAUACCGCCUGUGGGGGCGAUGAGAAUGGCGCGCAAAUGUUGUGUGCGUAGCUGCGAGGCUGAUGUACAAGAAGCGCGUGCUAAGGGGUUACCGCUUCAUAAAUUUCCAAAGGAUAUUGCUCUAAGGAGCAGGUGGUUGACCAGUGGUGGAUUUGAAGCGAGUUUCAAACCUUCACCGGGUCAGGUUGUCUGCCAUAGACAUUUUAAACGAGCUGAUUACGAAGCCGCUAAGGGGCAUAAGUUACUUCUACGUAAAGGCAGUGUUCCAUCGGUUUUUGCAGAUUAUGAUAAUCAUCCGGAUCCCGUGAUUAUGUCUGUGAAAUCAUCAACUUCGUAUGCACAGGAAGAUCUAGAUCUUAUUAAUUCUGAAAUUUUAAACUUAGAACAAUCUAUUUUGCCGCAAUUAUCUGAAGCAAGAACACCAAAAUCAGGUAGCUGUGAAGAAAUAUGCUCUUCUCAACCGGAUUCGUCUGCUGCCAUUCUCAACUUGAUAGACCCAACAGAAAUAGUUGAUAACGACUGCAAAGCUUUAACUGCAAAAGUAGAAACUAUGUCUUCCAUAAAGAAAGAAAUACAUGAAAAUUUAGAAAUGGAAGUAAAUACUAUGGCUGUUCAAUUAGGAAUUGUAGAAUCAGAUGUAGCAAUGAAACAUAUACACAAAGAAUUGGCUAUUAAAGAAGAGUUAAAACAUAUUAAAAUAGAAGAUGAGAAAACAUUUGGUAAAUCAGAAGACUUAAAGGCAAAGAUAUUAAAUCGUGAUGGAUUAACGUUUUUUCCUGGAGCUAAAUUAGAAGCAAAAGAUUUCAAUGAAAAAUGGUAUUCGGCUAAAGUAGUUGAAACUGAUUGGGAAGAAAGAGAAGUCUUGAUACAUUUUGACAAGUGGAGCUCAAGAUUUGACGAAUGGAUACCUAUGGAUAGUUCUAGAUUACGUGUGUUACAAUCACAGUCAAACGAACAAACUUGGGAUCUACCAUCUCCGGAAACGAAAAUGAAAGGUUUUUCAGUGGGAGAAAGGAUUCUCGCUACGUGGGCCGACGGGAGAAAAUAUCCAGCGAAAGUAAAUGCGGUGUUAGGAAAUGAUAGAUACGAUGUACUGUUUGACGAUGGAUACACAAAAACUGUUAAAUCGUCAAAAAUGACAAAAAUCGCUGCAACAUCCACAAAGCAACUGUCUCAAACUGAAGAGUACAUAGGAAGUAAACAAGAAAGAAGAGAUAAGAAACGGAAGCAUAUAGUAAUGGAGUUGUUUCAUACACACUCUCGUAAACGGUUAAAAAAUGAAGCAGAUAAAUUAACAAAAAAGGAAGGAGUCGUAAUGAAUGAAAAUGGUGAUUGCUUUCAAGAAAAUAAAAUUGAUUUAGAUGGUACUUUGUUUGGUCCAUGUUAUGAUCCAGGCACAGAUUUGUUGCGAGGAUUUGAUACUAACGUAUCAAAAGUGAAAACUUAUGUAAAAAAGAAUAAGAAAGAAAUAUCUAAUAAAUAUGAAAUAGACCAGGAGGAAGAUGUAGGACCUGAAUGGAUAGAUGGAGAGCCUCAGGGCACUGAAUCUUAUAUAGUAGAUGGAAAUGAUGGACCACGUCGCUCAAUAAUAGUCGCGGAUAAAAGAUUACCGCCUGGAUGGCAGAAACAUUUUACUCAAAGAAAAGCUGGUACAUCCGCGGGCAAAUGGGAUGUCUUAUUUCUCCAUAAAUCAAGCGGGAAGAAGUUCAGGUCGCGAAAUGAUAUCAGGGCUUUCAUGGAAAAUCAGGGACAAUUUGACUUCGAUCCAGAAAAAUUUGAUUUUUGUAUUCAUCGAAAAAAGAGAAGCUAUGGGCAUAAAUUAAAACAAGAAAUUGUCACAGAUGUACCCAAAAAAAUUAAGACCUUAUUACCGAAAACAAAGACAACACCAGUAAUGGAUUCGUUGCUUAUAUCAGCAAAUACAUCAGUUACAACCGUAGUACCUGCACCAACAACGUCAAUUACGGAUGGCGCUGUUUUUAUUGGCGGGUUACGUGUAGAAAUGGAGGAUAGUGCUUACAAAUGUCCGAAACAAGGAUGUAAUAAAACAUUUAGGAAGGAAAAUCUUUUACAAAUGCACAUAAAACAUUAUCAUCCGGAAUAUUCAAAAUUUUUGGGAUCUACUCCAAAUGUUGCGGACUUGGCUUACGCGAGAACAAUUGGAGAAUCUAUCGAUGAUAUUAUUCCGAGAAAAUCAAAUAAUUCAUUAGAAAAAUAUAAUAAAUUAGCAAAGAAAAAGUCUAUUCAAGAUAAACCACUUUAUGCUGCAUCGCUAUCAGUAACAAGUUCUACUCAACCUGCAUCUCCAAUAGUUUUGCCAACAGUCUCAGAAGUAGAGGACGAAUUGGACCAAAUAGAGCAAUGUAACGAAGUACAAGCAGAAGAGGUUAAGAUAGAAAGAAUUUCUCCCGUUUCUAGUCAUAGUAUAGAUAUGGAUGAUGAAAAUGAGAAAAAACGAGAAGAUUCGUGUGCAAUGUCACCUGGAACAUUAUUUGAUAUGAAAAUUAGAGAAGAAAAAACGCAAAGUGGUAUUAAAACUCUUCUUCCAGUGAGGCCGACUACGUCGUCAGAAAUACAGAGAAUCGAUAGAUCGAAAUCGUUGGAUGAGAGUAUUCACAUCGAUAGAAUGAAAGGUCAAAGAAAACGACAAUUAUCAGAGUAUAGUUCCGACGUUCCAAGUAGGGGUAAAAGGCGACACGGUAUGCAAGACAUUACAGAUGAUUAUGGCGAUCUAGACGACAGUGCUAUGGAUACUGAAGGACCGACAACGCUUGUGUAUAGAUAUAGUCGUCGAAAAUCAGAUUCAAGAAGCGAUGAAAAUAGUCAAAGUAGUCAACUAAACGAUUCUCAUCUUGAAAAAGAUGAUCCCUCGAAAGGGGAGAUUACUAAAAGAGAUACAAAUAAUGAUGGGGAAGAAAAUGAAGGAAUUAUGAUGAUGAUUAACGGUGAAAUGAUAAAGGUGGAACAACUACGUAGAGAAGAAAUAAUAAAUUGUACCUGUGGAUUUAUGGAAGAAGACGGCUUAAUGAUACAAUGUGAUCUUUGUCUGUGUUGGCAACAUGGUCAUUGUAAUGCAAUAGAGAAAGAAAAAGAUGUUCCCGAAAAAUAUGUUUGUUAUAUUUGUCGGAAUCCAUAUCGACAGCGACCAUCCAAAAUGUAUUUUCACGAUCAAGAUUGGAUGAAGGAGGGCAAACUACCCACAUUACCUAACCGAACAAAAAAUCAAUAUACAAUUAAUCAAAGGACAGCUAUGUUAAAGCGUUCUUAUGAUUUAGUUGCAGCUCUCUUGCAGAUACAACAAGUACUGCACAGUUUGAGAAUAAAAGUUAACGUAGCUCAAAAAAAAGAUCAUCCAAAAUUAUAUCUUUGGGCAAAAAACUGGGAGAAGAUGGAAAUACAAAAACCAGACGUAACGCCAAUACCAAUUAUAGAAAUCACGAAAGUAACGAACGAUUCUGUGGACACCGUAACUGAUGCAUCUCGUAGAGUUGAAGUAAAGACGGAAACCAAGUUUACCGUAAAAGAUGAUCAUGAUGAAAAAUCAAUAGCUUCGGAUUCAGAAUUAAUGAAAAUUUUGGAAGAAGAUAAUACAACUAACGAUGAAUCUAAAGUUCUCUCUAAGAAAGAAGAUUCAACGAAUCAAAAUAAGAGUCACAUUCUUCUCAAUGCUCUCACAAAAAGUACUACUUCAGGGGAGAAGUGUAACACUUCAGUAACCUCGGACGAGAAAGUAGAUACAGAUUUAUUAUCAAAUCAAACGGAUGUGUCCGAUAACGAUGUAUCUGAAACAACUAUAUCAGCGAAUCAAAUCCACGAAGAAUUAAAUGAGCACGAAAUAUCAACAUUACAGCCUUUUAUACCGCAACCAGAAGCACCAAUUGAUCCAGGAGAAUGUCGAAUGCGAUUAUUAGAACAUAUAGAGCAUUUUCAAAAUCACAUAGACGCAAAAUUAACAUCCAUUGAAGCACAAGUUUGCGCAUUAGAAGCCAUGGAUCCUGAAGAUGUUGUACCUAUCCCAGAUGUUCAGCCUCGAACUAAACAAACAGUUCAAAUGCUUCUUCGAGAUUUAAAUAUAGUUCGAAAAUUAGCUGCUUUGUGUUAAAUAACUAUGCUCGUGAAAAUUUUUUACACGAGUUAGAUCAAUACAAUCUAUUUUUUAUUAAAAUCUAUUUUUAUUUAAAAUCCACAAUAGCAAAUGUCAUACGGUCGUAUUUUAUAGUGUACAUAUAGCGAAUAUACAUAAUUCAUAGUUACGGUUAUAGAAUGUGAAUAAUAAGUUACUGUACUAUAAAACGAUAUUUAAUUCUAUUUAAGUAUAAAUUACGACUGAAUUCAUUAUAAUAUUAUUUAUAAUUAUGUUAUUAUUACAACAAAAUUCGUUGUAAUAACAUGUAGGCGUCUUUCAUGUAAAUGAAGGAAACCAGGUGCGUAAAAAAAAACAAAUGUAACGC